AUGCUGAGGCUGCGCCCGCCGACUCCACACCCCCCGGCCCGCGUCCCGGUGCCCCCGCGCCGCGGCACAAAACGGAUCCGCAGCGAGCGGCGGGCACGGGGCUACGGCGGCUCGCGCCCGGGAGACAAAGGCGGGGCGCGCGAGCCCACGUUCCGCGGCUUUGGCGGCCCCGCGCCCCGCCCGGGGCUGGGGGAAGGGGAGGGCCCGCCGCUCGGGGAGGAACAAUGCGGGCGGCCCCGCCCCUCAGCGGCCCUGGGCGCCGCCUCGCGGUGCCAGCCCGGGAGCCAGGAGCCCGGGCGCGGGACGCGACUGCGCGGGGAGCUGGUGGCCCGCGGCGGGAGGGUCGCGGGGCCAGGUUCCCUGCCUGUGGGACCGCGCGCCCCGGCGGAGCACAGCCUCCCCGAGCGUGAGGCCCCAGCACGUGGCGCCUCCCUGCGCGCGUGCGCCUACAGCGGGGGCCGGAGCGCCACGUGCGGGCUGGGGCGCGAUCACUGGUGCGCGCCGGUUGCGGGGACGCCCUGCCCUCCGAGGCCGCUCCCACGCCGCCGCCCGCCUCGGGCUUGGGGAGCUCGGCCCUGCGUCUUUGCGCACUCCUGGCAGGUGCAGCCCCAGCUACGGCCAAGAGGCCCCGCAAACCCGCCCUCCUCACGGUUGUGCCAGGCGCGAGAAACGCGUUCCAGCCCUGGGGCCGGGCCGGAGGGCAAAGGAGGAAACUUUAUGAAACACUUGUGUCAAGUCUCUAUUUCAGUGACCAUAAUUACUAAUAACUAAGGGAAUACAAAUGCCCAUCAAUAAAAAGUCAUCUCUUAACUGUGGAGGGCCAGCAGUUAAUAUACUGGACCACAAAAUGAAAGCAAGUGAUACUUCUUGCCUCUAAGAACCUGCAGAAUACCAAGACAAGUGUUUCAAGAAUCGCCCAAAAAGCUAUUCAAUAUAGUCUUGUUUUUGGUACCACCGUUAGAAUUUACUGAGGAAUAAACAAGACAAGACAGAGAAGCACACAGCGCU